UCUCUUUCAUUCUAAUCCAAUGUUUUUAUUUUAAUCUCUCCCUCACAAGUGAACACAUCUAAUUAUUGUUACGAUAACAUGGAUAAUCCAACAACAAAAUCCUCACCAAUUAAUCAACCAACUAUGGAUACAAUCAAUUCCAUGAUUGGUCAACAAUACAAUCAACUCAACAAUCAAUUUCCAAAUACAAUUGGAUUUAACCGGUAACAUCAAGAAAGAUCCUCUUAACCUCCUUCUCUCUCUCUCUUUUAUAAACUCACCUAAAGGGUUAAAGGUUAACAUUGAUUUUCAUUUCCUUGUGAUUACCAUAACGAUUGUUAAUUAUUCUCAUCAUCAUCUUCUAAUUAGUUUAAUUCUAAUUUCCUUCAUCUCUAUAUAAGUGUUUCAUCUGUUGAAGAAGAGAAAAAAUCAUUUCUAUUGUUUUCCAUUCUGAUAAAAAAAAACAAGACAAGAUUGUUAAUCUGCAAGCUAAUCUUUAAUAAGCUCCUGUUGGGAUUAACAUUUGUCUCUAUUUACGUAACCAUGACUUGUACACAAAUAACACCACCUCCAGAAUUUACUGAAUUUAAAUCAGCUCGUGGUGAUUUAAGCCUACCAAGUCCAAUGAGUUCACCUUAUACACCAACCAGAACUCCAGAUCCAUGGGAAAUGCCGGAAACAUAUGAACACACGACCCCUUGGAACGAAUUACCCACCACUGGAAAGAUUCGUCGACUUCUAAUAAUUUUACUGAAAACCUUUACCUUGUUACUUUUACUCUAUUCGUUUAUCACCUCGUUGGAUUUUCUUAGUUCCGGUUUCCGUUUACUUGGAGGUCGAACCGCCGGAUCAGUUUUCCGCCAUAAUGAGCUUCUUCAAAACCCGAUCGUUGGCCUACUCAUUGGAAUCCUGGUCACUGUUCUUGUCCAAAGUUCAUCUACAUCGACCUCGAUUGCGGUCACUUUAGUCGCUUCCGAGUUGAUUAGAGUGAAAGAAGCAAUUCCUAUUGUAAUGGGGGCCAACAUUGGAACUUCCAUCACAAACACAAUAGUUUCAUUGAUUCAAGCCACUGAUCGAAAUGAAUUCCGCCGGGCAUUUGCUGCUGCAACAGUUCAUGAUAUGUUCAAUUGGCUAACGGUAAUUGUAUUAUUACCUCUGGAAGUGACCACUGGCUAUUUGGAAAAGUCAACUCGAUUAGCAGUUAAUUCAAUUAAAUGGGAAACUUCAAACACAACAUCACCUGAGUACCUUAAAAAAUUUACAGCACCUUUAUCCAAAUUAAUUGUCCAGCUUGAUAGUGAUGCCAUUAAAGAUAUCGCUGUUGGCAAUUCAUCAAAACAAGUUGAUUCGUUACUUAAAAAAGACAGUAAAUCGUUGAUUAAUUCGUUAAAAUUAACGGAUAACUUUUCUGGAAUCAUAUUGAUCACAAUUUCGUUGGGAGUUUUAUGCUUUUGUCUUAUAUGUAUUGUUAAGAUACUUCAUUCAAUGUUAAAAGGUCGUAUCGCAACGAUAAUUAAAAAAUACGUUAACGCUGAAUACAAAUUGCCCUGGUCAGUGUUAGUUGAUUAUUUGGCUCUAUUAAUGGGCUGUGUUUUAACCAUAUUGGUACAAAGUAGUUCCAUUUUUACCUCAGCGUUGACACCGCUCGCGGGAAUAGGUGUCAUCUCAAUUGAACGAAUCUACCCUUUAACCUUGGGCUCUAAUGUUGGCACAACAACAACAGGACUUUUGGCUGCUCUAACAGCUGAUGCUUCGGUUUUAAAUGACACCUUACAAUUGGCGUUCGCUCAUCUUUUUUUUAACAUCAGUGGAAUUCUGUUAUUUUAUCCAAUCCCAUGGAUGAGAUUUCCAAUCCGAUUAGCUAAAUUGUUGGGCGAUACAACUGCCAAGUAUCGUUGGUUCAGCAUCUUCUACCUGUUGACAAUGUUUUUCCUUUUACCCACUUUCUUUUUUUUACUCUCAUUAGCGGGUCCGAUUCCUUUUGGAAUUGUUUUCACCUCUGCUUUCCUCACCAUCAUCGCAAUCAUCACAAUUAACAUAAUACAAUCAAAGAAACCCAGUUGGUUACCAUUGAAAUUACAGAAUUGGAAUUGGCUUCCUCUUUGGAUGCAUUCACUUGACCCAAUGGACAGUUUGUUGAUCAAAUUAGCCGAAAACAUUAAUUGUCUUUAUUGUUGCAUUCGACCACAGACUCGACAUGAUUCACUGGCACUCGGAUUGCGAGCCAAUCAAUCGCAGCUUCAUAUUCUUGAUAAUUCAAGAGGAGCUUCGGAAAUCCAUCUAUCAACUGGAUUCGAUGAUGUUACUUUCAUCAACGUUAAUGGUCACAAAUACACCGCUGUCAGUAAAGAAUCAACUCAUUUAUAGUUAAUUGUUACCGUUAAUCAACAUCGUUGCCUGAUUCCUGUUUUAUCAUCAUCAUCAUCAUUAUAUAUUUUUCAUCUUUACUCUGAAUUGAUUGUAUUUGUUUUUUUGUUCUGGAAAAACUUUCAAUCUGUUUUGAUUUUAUUAUGUCACAAUUAUCGUUAAUUAUGUUAAUUUAUCUUAAAUAAUCAUAAUUCCUGGGAAUCAUUUACAUCCCGUCCUUCCAAGUGCCUCUUCAGAUAGUUAGUUAAAUAACUAAAUUUUAAUUGUAAUUACGAUUUGAUUGAUUCUGGUUACAUAUUAUCUUGCAAUUGGAAUCGGCAAUCAAUCUGAAAAUCAGAUCUUAUUGUUAUAUUUAACAUCCGUAACAAUCAACUAAUCUGAUCUCAUUAUCUUGUUAAAUCAUAUUGUUAAUCAUAUUUACUUAUGUAUUGUAUCAACAUUUAAUUAACUUCAAGAAAUGUUAAUCAAGGGCAAUAGAUUUAAAAUCUUAAUCAAGUCCUUACUUAAAAAGUUGUUGAUUGAUUUGUAAAUUAUCAUUGAAGUUUUUAACAAUCAACAAGUUUCAAUAAUCUCAGCACAUAAAUUUAAAUUAUGAUUAACUUGAUCACUUUAAAUUGUUAAUUGUUGUUAAAAUAAUUCACAAUAAUCAAAUUGCAGAUAAUAAUAAACAAAAAGGAGAAACCAGAGAAAACUGAAAUAAACAUUUUCCUCCAACAAUCUAAUUAUACAAUUAACUUAAUUGAACAAUUAAAGUUAUUAUAACUUUUCCACAUUCCAACAAUUAACAGAUUUAAAAUUAAUUGUAUUUCUCUUUGAUUAAAAUCUGAUUCUAAAUCAAAUGAAAUAAAACAUCUGAAAACAUUGUAAAAAACUAGGAAAA